AUGGUGUAUCCCGGCAACAUCCCAGGCGAGAGCAAUGCUCUGAUGGUGCAGAUUCCAUGCAUCGUCUUCUUCGUCGUGACCCCCAUUUUCGUCGGCAUCCGAAUCUGGUCAAGGAUACGGCUGCGAUCCGGAAUCUCGUGGGAUGACUGGACGAUUCUACUCUCAUUUGUAGGCCGAUUCUUGCCCCCGAAACUGCGCGAAGACCUAUAUACCCGGGAUAGUAGACUAACGCAGAACCGCCAACUUGCCUUCCAACAGUUUUGUACGAUGAUUGUGGCUAUUCUCAUGAUGGUUUCGUGCCACUACGGUUUUGGCAAGCAUAUCAAGGACUUGUCGGUGCCGAAUAAGCUCAUGACCCUCAAGACGUUCUACGUUGCUCAAAUCUUCUACAAGAUGACCAUCAACCUCACCAAAGCGUCCAUCCUGCUCCUGUUCCUCCGCAUCUUUGUGCAGCGCUGGUUCCGCACCACCUGCUACACCCUCCUCUCCAUCAUCCUCGCGUACAUGGUGGCGACGACCUGCUCGUCCAUUUUCCAGUGCAGUCCCAUUCCCCGCGCGUGGAACCGCACCAUUGACGGGACGUGCAUCUCGCUCACGAUGAACUGGAAUGCCAACGCCGGGUUCUCGAUCGCGACCGACAUCAUUAUCCUUUUCCUCCCCCAGUACCCCAUUUGGAAGUCGAAGCUGCCCGUCUCGCAGAAGAGGGCGUUGAUGGGUGUCUUUGCCCUAGGAGGAUUUGUGACUGUGACAAGUGUGUUGAGGGCCACCACGCUCAACUUUUCGACCACGAGUCCCGACACCACUUACGAUAUCGCCUCCACCCUCUGGACCAUGAUCGAGAUGCACGUAGCCAUCGUCUGCGCGUGCCUCCCCAUGUGCAAGCUGCCCCUCACCUACGUCUUCCCCAAGGUCUUCUCCGCCGUCUCAGGCUCCUCGGCGCCAUCGGACGGCCGCUCCAACCCGCACAGCGACUCCAGCCGUGGCGGUGCCGGCAGCGGCAGCCAUUCGCGCCACGAGUGGUCCGGCUACACGUCCAAGAAGGAGCAGCUUAGCAAAGGGGGUCUCCACCUGGCGAGCGUGUCGACCACGACGCGCACGGGCGACGACACGAGCGAGGAGUACAUGCUCGAGACGGUGGCGAGGUCGCACGGGCCCGAGGACGUCGAGAAGGGGGCAUGA